AUGCCGCGCGACUCGAUUGCGUCCUCGACUUUUCGGUGGAGGAAUUUCUUGAGUCCUGACCGGAAUCCUCCGCUGUCUUCUUCUUCUUCUUCAUCUUCUCGUUCGUCGUCAUUUUUUUUGGUGCUCUCGCCAAUUUGCUCCUUGGCCUCGUCUAUAAGGCCUCCGCUGUGGCAGGAGUCGGACACGAUGAGGGGGAAAAGAUGGCUGACCGGUGAUGAGAUUCAUAUCCGUGGGGACAAUGCACUCGUCGUAGCCGGUGUCGUCGUCCUCGCCGGUCUCCGCUGGGAGGCGGGUGCCGUGGCCGCUGUAGUGGACGAACAGGAAGUCGCCGCGCCGGGCCGAAUCAACCAGAUCGGCAAGUGCAGCACGGAUGUUGCGGCCCGUGGGCUGGGUGCAGGACUCGUCUGUGUCGAUGAGUACCGUGAUGUCGUCCGGCGAGAAACCGUAGCGCUCGAUGAGGCAGCUGUACAUUCGCUGGACAUCGUUGAUGCAACCUCUCAGCUCCGCCUUUGUCCCCGGGUAAUUGCAUCCGAUCAGCACCGCCCUUCUUGCCAUGGAUUUUUCGAUGAAAGACAGAAAUUAUAG